AUGGAGAAUUUAAUUAUAUUUGAUUAACUCAAAUAUUAAGUGAAUAUUAAAAUUAAUAAAUAAAAAAUAGUAAGAAUGCUUCCUUCUAGAUCAUCUCUUCAUGAUUACAUUGAAGAAACUUGUACUAAUAUUUUAGAGAAAAAAGAAGUUCCGUUGUAAGAAAAAUCACGGAUCGAUAGGUUUUUAUAAUCAAAUUAUUCUAGGGAUAUUGAUGAAUAUAUUAAAAAUUAAAACAAUGAUCAGUAAUAGGAGGAGGCCAAAACGUUUAUCAAAGUGGCAAUUAAAUGCAUAAAAACACAUUGUGCAAAAAAUGUAAAAUGAAGAAUUUAUGUAUGAUAGAUUCUCCCUAAAUUCUAAGAUAAAUAUAAGGAUGCUUUAUACCAUGUUGAAACAUUCCUUCAGGUACAUAAAACCUUCGUGAAAUCUGUGAAAUCAUUUAAAAUUCUGUUGUAUUAGGCUGUAAUCAAAUCGAAUUAUUAUUAAGGCGCAAACAUUGUAACAAGAGAGUAUUCCAGAGUUUUACUCAAGUUUGUUUGAUAAUAUAUUUGUUGAAGAGUUUUAACUUGUGUUUAAAAAUGUUUUAUUUAAAUGUGUGGUUGAUAUGAUUAAGACUGUAAUUUUGAGUGAAUUAUAAUUUUUAGGCAUGCGAAGAGGAACAGAAACUAAUAAAAAUUAGUGAUUUGCUGUAUGAAUUUGGGAAUGUGAUGUCCUAAUUAUAAAAAUCAACUGAGGAAGCUUUGGAUUUUAAAAUAGAACAAGAGUUUAAAUAAAAAAUAUUUGAUUAUUUCGAAGAGAAAUAUUAAUAGAAUUAUAAAUCCUGGCAUCAAAGUGUGAACACGUAAGCGUAUUUGAGGAAGGUUUAACAACAGAAGGAGAUAAAUGAAAAGGUUUUGAAGUUUGGAGAUAAGACAAUCUUAGAAUAAGUGAAUAGAAUCCUUAAUUCGCAUCUUUUAACAUACUAUAAGCCAUAUUUAUUGGCAGAUACUAAUCCAAAUAAUUUCGAACAUCUUUUGAAUGAAUUUCACAAAGAACCUAUAAUUUAAUAAUAGAAUCUAAAAUUGAUUGGAGAUUUAUAUGGCAGUUUGGAUGAUCAUUAUGAUUAGAUAACUACUAAUUUUAAGAAUAUUAUAACAUAAGAAGGUCAGGCAAUCAUGUAAAAAAAGAAUCAUUAGAUUGUGGAAACUAAUUAAGAUUAAAUAUUUUCAGAUCCAUCUUUUAUUGGAUAGUUUUAUAGCCUCUAUUAGAAAUAUUCGUUUUUGAUAGAAAGUUGUUUUUCUCAGAAAUCAGAUUUCAUCAUGGCUUUAAAUAAUGCAUUUGAAUCAUUUAUCAAUCUCCCCAUAGGAGUAAGUAAAUUUAUUAUAUUCUAAGAAUCAUGAGUUUGCUGAUUAUCUUGUGACCUUCAUAGGUGAAUAGAUAGAACUGUUAAGGAAUUCACCAAAGAAUGCUACAAAAUCACCUGAAUAGAUAGUAAAGUUGUUUGUAUUUAUAAAUCAAAAGGCCAGAUUUUUAAAAGUAUUACAAAUUGUCUAUAAUUUUAGUUAUAUAAAAUAUCAUUGGCUUAGAGAUUAAUAAAAUAUUAAAGACAAGUGGAGGCUAAGAAAAGUAAAUUAGCCUGUACGAUUGAGAUGAAUAUAGUUGAAGAGAUGGAGAAGAAAUGUGGUGCUCAGGAUUUGGAAUCACUCAAAAUAAUGAUCAAGGAUUUCUAGAAGACUGAAAAUGAAGUAACUAAAAUCCAAGAGGAAAAAGGAUUAUACAAACUAUAAAUACAACCACCUAUCAUUAUUAAUAAAUAGCAUUGGCCAGAAAUAGAUGAAAUUUAAUUAAAUUUACAAUCAGAAAUAAUCACUUAGCAAAAGGAGAUUAUAGCCAAGCGAUAAUAACAAAAGACUUUGAUAUGGUUAGAUCUGAUCUCUUAUGUUGAAAUACAAUCUACUGAAAAAGCAUUGACAUUUAAUUUAAGUGUCCCAUAAGCAGUCAUCUUAUUGCUCUAUCAAUAUAGAAAUGAUAUUCUAGAUGUGAAUCGUAUAGCAUCAUUAACUGGGUUGAAGGAACAAUAUGUUAUUCAGAAUUGUAAAAUGAUGAAGGAUGCCAAAAUAUUGGAUGAACAAAUUGUCAAUGACUAAAUAUGCUAUCAAUUUAAUGAAAAUUUAACCAAAUAAAAAAAAGGAAAAUGCAAAAAAAUUGUUACUGAAACCUACUUCCCUUAGAAUUAAGUUGAAUAAGGUACUAUAUUCAUUUGCAAAUUUAAGUUGUGUCUGUUUAUGACAAGGAUCUGGCAAUUGAAGCGGCUAUUGUGAAGAUAAUGAAGAAACAAAAAGAGAUGCAAUUCAGUGAUUUGGUAAUAUAAGUGUAAGGACACAUGAAGAAAAAUUAAAAUGUUGAAAUACCUUUUGCUUAAAUUAAAUAAAUGAUAGAAAGAUUGCAACGAAACGAAUACUUAGAAAGAGAUGCAAUUAAUAUGUAAUUGAUAAAAUAUAAAUGA